AUGGGCCAUUGUUGUUUUGUUUAUUUGGACGACGCUAUCUCGGGGCUUCCGCAGAGGAUUUCUGCGAUUGUGGCUUGUUUGGUGCAAAUUGAGUGGCUUAAAAUUGAACAAGAAGAAAUCGAAUUUGGAGCCUAUGUAAGUGGGCAGUGGUUAGGCUUCGUUAUCGACACGAUUGGAAUGCAGCAGUUUCGAGUUCCUCCCAAGAAAAUAGCCAAGCUUAAGAGCAAUCUCAAUUUCAUGAUUAUGUCGCGUACCGCUACUUUUAGAGAUCUCACUCGGGUGGCCGGUUUCAUCAACUCGUUGUUGGCAGUUGGUCCUAUCGCUAGGCUAUCGCUAGGCUAUCGCUAGGCUAUACCAGGCAGAUUCAUUCCACUAUCCAAGCGCGGUCCGGCUGAGAUGGUUCGUUUCCUAUUUCUGGACCUCUGUUGAACUGUUACUAAUACAACUUACCGAAACAUGGAGAGAAGCUGUAGACGCAGGCUUAGUGGUAGCAGUUGCCUUCAUAGCUUUUAAAAAGGCAUUCGACAGUGUGUCCCACGCCAUUCUCGAAAUGAAGUUGGAAAGGGACUUUGGAAUAUCAGGACCCCUCCUGGACUGGCUUAAAAGUUACUUAAAGGAAAGACAGCAAUUCACAGAUGUUAAUGAAUCAACUUCAGAGAUGAUACCGAUCUCUUUUGGAAUUCCUCAAGGGUCUGUCUUGGGGCCGACACUUUUCACUCUUUUCACGAACGAUCUUCCGUCCUCAGUGUCUUCCGGAUCUGUCUAUAUGUUUGCCGACGACAUAACGGUUUACUGCAUAAGUGACACGGCAGAAAAAAAUAUUGCCAAGUUAAAUUCUUCACUUCGUGAAUUAAACGAGUGGUGCCUCAUUAACAAAUUAACACCCCACCCGAGUAAAAGUGAGGCCAUGCUAAUCUCUAGAAGAAAUCCCCCGGUUAAUAUUCCCCCGACCUUUAUCGGAAACUCUACAAUUGAAUGGGUAUCGAAAUCAAGAUUACUGGGAAUGACCAUCGAUGAGAAACUGACCUGGACUCAGCAUAUGCUGGAACUCAAAAAAUCAUUUGCUAAAAAACUAGGAUUACUUAAGAAGUCGAGAUUUCUCCCUAGGAACGUUCGUCAGGAUCUCUAUUUUAAGGUCAUUUUGCCUUCAGUGACCUAUGGUCUUAUACUAUGGGGAUCUUGCUGCAAUUUCGACUUAUUUCAGUCCAUGGCAAGACUUCACUGCAGGGCUGCGCGACUUAUCUUUAAUUUGCCGAAAGACAUGGCAUCUGCUGAUGUCCUACAACGGGCCGAAUGGCCGACUCUGUCUAUUUAUUAUAAGUCAGCCAUUUUUAUCUGUCUUCAUAAAGCUUUCCCCGAUAGGUUACCUGUCACAUUAAUCGACCUGAUUUCUAAGAAACGGGCCACAAAUUCUUCAACCCGGACUUGCGCUUCUUUAAUUGUUCCACGCGUCAACGCGCGUUACAUGAAAGACUCUGUCGCGUUUAGAGGCUCAGUCCUGUGGAAUGCAGUGACCAACAAUUGUAGUGCCCUGACAAAAAACAUUCCAUAUCGUGAUCUCAUGCUGAAGCUUAAAUCUCAAGUUAAUUUCAAUGAAUUCAGCUUCAAGAUAACGUCUGCAUCCACUUGUAAUUUUAGACAAGAUGACUUUGUAUAUACUUAAAUUUAUGUUUACAAUUUCAUAUUUGUAAGCACCGCUGAUUUAAGUUCAAACGUUAUUUCUGUAUAUACCCCUAGUUUUUAGUUUUUUAGUUUACUUAGUGAUUAGUUAAUUGCAAACGACCCCACAAGCUCAUGUAGCUUUAAUACUCAUCGUUUUUUAAAAAUAAAGGCUAUCUAUCUGUCUAUCUAUCUAUCUGUUGGAGGCCUUUAACGGAUACGGGAUUCAGCCAAAGUUCUCCCUCGGAGCAGUUAUUUUCUGCGAUGCCAGCGACUACUUUUCCAAGUUAA